CACAACGUCAAUUGAUUUAAUUAGAACCGAAAUUUUACUUGAGGAUGCCACAGUUUUUGUAAUAUUUAAUAAAGAAGAAGGGAAAUGGCCAUUCCGUAUAGAAAAUUUUUCAGAUGUGGAAGUUUCAUUUUAUCAACAGGAUGUUGUAAAUCGUGAUUUCUUUGGUAAUAAUUCACAAUCGAGUUCAACCAAAAGAUAUGCUCUUAAACCGGGAAAUAAGAUUCCUUAUUCCUGGGAUUAUCCGGCUCUUAAAGAAAAGAGAUUAGUUUUAAAUAUCAGUAAUCAUGAACGUGUCGUCAACAUUCAAGAAAUAGGGUCACUUAUGCCAUUCAAAUAUCCGUAUAAUAAUGAAUAUAGAAUUUUAUCUAUUGAAGUCAUUGCGGAUGGUCCAACACAAGUAUUAUUAUUGACUAAUUAUAACCAAUCAGAGAGUGUGUUUAGACCAAGAACACCUUCAAUUUCAUCGA